AUGUUGGUUUUGGCACCUUUUACACUAUUAGUGGCUGCGGUCGCUGCUUUGCAGAGUCCACACCGCAAGGCCGCAUCUUUGAAACAGUCAGCUAGGAAUAUUCGCAAGAGAGAAGUGGCUUCUAGUCAGACUGAACCUCAGUAUCUGAACCAAAAGACAGAGAAGUUCCUCGUCAAUGGCACAAACUUUCCUCAAGUGCCUUUCGAUAUCGGUGAAAGUUACUCCGGUCUGCUGUCCAACACACCUCAUGGAAACUCCAGCUUGUUCUUCUGGUUUUUCCCAUCUACCAACCCGGCUGCGGAGAAGGAGAUUACCAUUUGGCUGAAUGGAGGCCCAGGGUGUAGUUCUCUCGAUGGUCUGCUGCAGGAGAAUGGUCCCUUCCUGUGGCAAUCCGGCGUGUAUGAGCCUGUGCGGAAUCCUUACUCGUGGACCAAAUUGACCAAUGUUGUCUACAUUGACCAACCUGCCGGCACUGGCUUCUCGCCUGGCCCAGCUACGGUACAGAACGAAAUUGAUGUCGCGAAUCAGUUCAAUGAUUUCUGGAAGCGAUUCAUUGAAACCUUCAGCAUGCAGGGCUACAAGGUUUAUAUCACCGGAGAGAGCUAUGCCGGUCAAUACAUUCCCUAUAUUGCUUCUGGGAUGUUAGAUCGCAACGACAAGACGCAUUUCAAUUUAAAGGGCAUUCAAAUCAAUGAUCCGUCUAUCAACGAAGAUAAUGUUUUGAUCUAUGCUCCGGCCGUCCCAGCAUUGAACUACUUCUCCAAUGUCUUCGGUCUCAACGAGACAUUCAUGAAAGAAAUAAACAAGCGCAACGACGAAUGCGGCUACACCAAAUUCCUAAACAAAGCCCUAACCUUCCCCCCGCCCAAGGACUUCCCAGUCGCGCCAGACCCAAGCAAGCACGGUUGUGACGUCUGGGAUCAAGUAGUAAAAGCAGCAACCUACAUCAACCCCUGCUUCAACAUGUACCACCUAACAGACUUCUGCCCCUUCCUCUGGGACGAAAUGGGCUUCCCAUCCCUAGCGGGCGGACCAAACAACUACUUCAACGAAUCCGCCGUCCAAAAGGCCCUCCACAUCCCACCAACAAACUACGCAGUCUGCGGAGGCGACAUCUUCCCCAAUGGCGAUGGCUCAGUCCCCAGCGGAUUAGGCCCCCUGCCCAGCGUCAUCGAGCGCACGAAUAACGUCCUCCUCGGCCACGGAUGGUAUGACUACCUCCUCUUCGCAAAUGGAUCACUAGCUACUAUCCAAAACAUGACCUGGAAUGGAAAACAGGGCUUCCAAAAGCCUCCCAUUGAGCCGUUCUUCGUGCCGUAUACUGAUGCUCUGGAUCGGAUUGCGAACGGACGUUCGAGUACGCCUUGGACUGCUGAUGCUGGUGCUGGUAUUCUGGGCACGGCGCAUACUGAGCGUGGUCUUACCUUUAGUACUGUCUAUGGCUCUGGUCAUGAGAUCCCACAGUAUGUCCCUGGUGCGGCUUAUAGGCAUCUUGAGUUUUUGCUCGGGCGCAUUGAUAGCCUUCAGCAGAAGGGACCUUUUACUGCACUGUAA